CAUGGAUCCUCCUCGUUUUUACCCCAGUGCCCCGCACCCGCCUUGAACUCUUUCAUGCUUGCCUCUCUGUAACAGAGCCCUCAACAAUCCGACUUCUUGUCUUGAAUUGUGGAGCCGUUGCUUCGGCCAUUCGUUCUUCCGCAAAGCGUCUUUCAUCCUUUCGUUCACCACACCCACACAUCACGCAGAUUUCUCGCAAUCACUCUUCACCAACCUGUUUCCAAAGGCUUUGGGGGUAGUGAUGCUUCCCUUGACCGACGACGGCACAGCCACCGACUCGGCUUCCCCCCCAAACACUUCCCAGUUAAAGCAUAAUGUAGACUCACCCUCCAGAAAUGUGCAGACUACUCCAGAAAUCGUCGCGCCAGAUCUGGACUCGGAAUUCGAUGAAGAUGCUGAUGAAGAGACUCGCAUCAAGUUCUUAACAACGGGUACUCGGGAUCAAGAUGACCUGGAACGAGACAUCAGCCGACAAGCGGACCAGAUGCUCACGGAGCAGGCAGAUGAACGGGACAAGAAGCGUAUGAACAAGACUGAGGCUGAGAUCAGGCGUUGCCAAGCGGCAAUCAGCAAGCUACGGAGUCGUCUGGUAAUGCCUGCCGUCGAGUCCGCUAAGCUCAAGAUUCGGGGAGAGAUCACCCAAUACCAGAAGAAGAUUGACGAGUUCGAUGAGGAGCUAGAUUCUAUUCAGCAGCGCAUCAAUGACCGGCACAAGUCACAACUAGGAGGAGAGGACAUUGCGAUGGGUGGUAUCAACCAUCCUCUCCCCAACGAGAGCCGGCGGGACUUUUUGAUCCGCACUGGAAAGAUUACUCCAUUCUCAAAGCUUGCACAAGCCCAUAGGGGAGCACCUUCAAGUCUUAGUGAAGUCAUGCUCGAUGCAGAGGUGGAGAAUCUAGUCGAGGAACAGCUAUAUGACAAGCCCAAAGGACCUGUGUCGCAUCGCAAUCUGAUGAAACCCGGGUUUCGUGACUCAAGAUCUAGUUCAGAAGCCCUGAGUCCUCCAUCCCGUCCAACGAAACGUCGACGUAUCACACCAGGUCGGGACGAAAGUAGUUCAACCGAGAGUCCCACCGCGGAUUCGGAAGAUGCAUUUGUGCCCGGCAUGGAUGACCGUGAGCUCGCAGCAUUGGGCGACUCCGAACAUGACUCUGAUCAGCUUUCCGGUGACGACGAGUAUGACAAAGAGCCUUCCGCUCGUAAGCGUAAAGCUGGCAGCAGACGGACCAACAAGAAGAUAGCGAAGGCUGAGAAAGUGACCGGGAAGGAAGUGGAGGACUUGGCCGGCAUUGACGAUGGCAAUGAAAAAGUCUACCAGAGUCGCAUACAAGCAUGGACGGAGAAUCGCUCAGCUGCGCGGAGGAGAGCGAGGGAGCGGCAAGGCGUCAAUGUUGAUGAAGACGAAGAAGACGAAGAAUUCCACAAGCCUCAUCCGACCGAGCUUGAUGUAGAGUUUGAUGGUGGGUUUCGUAUUCCCGGCGACAUUUUCCCUGCGCUGUUCGACUACCAGAAGACUGGCGUAGAGUGGCUCUGCGAGCUACACGCUCAGGGAGUCGGAGGAAUCGUUGGUGAUGAAAUGGGACUCGGCAAGACUAUCCAAGCAAUAUCUUUCAUCGCUGGAUUGCAUUACUCAAAGAAGCUCGGCAAACCCGUCAUCGUUGUUUGUCCGGCCACCGUCAUGAAGCAAUGGGUUAACGAGUUCCACACCUGGUGGCCAGCGCUACGUGUCUCGAUCUUGCACACGUCCGGUAGUGGAAUGCUCGACACGAGCCGUGAGGAGCGUAUGGAACAAGAGAUGGAACUACGUGAUUACGGCCACUACGAUACCACUCUGACCAAAGCUGGAAAGGCCGCAAAAAAGAUCGUGGAGAAGGUGAAGCGAGACGGUCAUGUCCUCGUGACUACCUAUUCUGGCCUUCAAACAUACGCCGAGUUCCUCAUCCCAACGGAGUGGGAGUGCGCCUUCUUAGAUGAAGGGCACAAGAUUCGGAAUCCUAACACUUCCAUCACCAUUCACUGCAAGGAGCUUCGAACACCCAACCGCAUUAUCCUCUCCGGCACUCCGAUGCAGAACAAUCUUACCGAGCUCUGGUCUCUAUUUGACUUUGUCUUUCCAAUGCGUCUUGGAACUCUUGUUAACUUCCGAGCUCAAUUCGAGUUCCCAAUCAAACGGGGUGGAUACGCUAACGCCUCGAACCUCGAAGUUGAGACCGGCAUGCGAACAGCUGAGACGCUUCGUGAUGCCAUUAGCCCUUAUCUUCUGCAACGCUUCAAGGCCGAUGUUGCAGCCGAUCUGCCCGAAAAGACUGAGCGAGUGCUUUUCUGCAAGCUGACUCGGCAACAGCGCCAGGCUUAUGAAAUGUUCUUGAACUCGAGCGACAUGAAGUCGAUUAUUGAUGGCAGGCGUCAGAUGUUGUUCGGUAUCGAUUACCUGCGUAAGGUAUGCAAUCACCCUGAUCUCACUCAACAUAAGACGCUGUCGAAGGAUCCAACAUACAACUAUGGCGCGGGAAGCAAGUCAGGCAAGAUGCAGGUUGUAAAGGCUCUGUUGGAGAUGUGGAAGAAGGGUGGUCAUAAGACUCUUCUCUUCGCUCAGCACCGAAUUAUGCUUGACAUUCUGGAGAAGUUUAUCAAGAAUCUCCCUAGCUUCAAUUACCGCCGUAUGGACGGAGAGACGCCUAUCAAGAAUCGACAGAGCAUGGUCGAUGAAUUCAACAACGACCCAGAUCUUCACGUGUUUCUUCUUACGACGAAGGUUGGCGGUCUCGGUGUAAACUUGACCGGCGCCAACCGUGUCAUCAUCUACGAUCCUGACUGGAAUCCAUCGACUGACAUCCAGGCCCGCGAGCGAUCGUGGCGUCUUGGGCAGAAACGAGAGGUUGAAAUAUACCGUCUCAUGACCGCCGGAACGAUUGAAGAGAAGAUCUAUCAUCGGCAAAUCUUCAAGCAAUUCCUCACUAACAAGGUCUUGAAAGACCCAAAGCAGCGCCAGACGUUCCAGAUGAGCGAUCUGCACGACCUAUUCUCAUUUGGCACCGAUGCUGAGGAAACCGAGACCGCUACCUUAUUCCGCGGCUCAGAAGUCAAAUUCAAAAACGAGCCAACUUUAAACCACAACGCUAUGCCAAACCCUCCAUCCGACUCUCCAAAUGGAAAAGGCAAGCAGCCCGUCAGCGUCAGCAAUGCAACAGCCCAAGAGGAUCUCGCAACCGUCGUCGGCAUCCACCACACCGAGAAAUUCCAAGCCCCUGGCGAGGAUGAGGACGAGGAUAAACAGAAUGGAGCAGAAGACUCAGAAAAAUCCGACGAACGUCUUCUCUCCACAAUCUUCGCUCGCUCGGGCGUGCACUCGGCGCUCGAACACGAUGCAAUCAUGAAUUCGACGGCUUCGGGCCGCAAACGAAAAGUCCAGGUCGACCCGGCGUUCAUCCAGCGAGAAGCUAAACGUGCAGCCGCGGAAGCUGCUGAGCAACUGAGACGGGCGAGGGAGGAAGCUAUGAAUGUGCCUAUUGGGGUACCGACUUGGACUGGAACAUAUGGCGAAGCAGGACGUCCGCAGCAACAUCGCCCCCGCGGGGACAGCUUUAGUAGUAGCGGUAGAGGAGGUCGUGGAGGCGCGCUCUCAGCACGAGGGGGUCCUUCUUCAAGCAGUAUCCUAUCCAACCUCGCAGCCCGACAGGCCCGAACCGAUCCCAAUAGAUUCACAUCGAACUCGAGAGUUUCCACCCCCGGCACGACCAGCAUGUCCCGUUCCGGCACUCCCACACCCCGCGGUAAACAAAUGCUAGAAAUGAUCCGUGACUUCAUGCUCACGCAUGGUGGCACUGUUCCAACGCAGAUGCUAGUUGAUCAUUUCGACCGAUAUUGCCGAGGGGUUCCAGGACGUAGCGACGAGUUUCGUGAGAUGUUGAGGACAAUUGCGCGGCUGGAGCGUACGCAGAGGAGUGCAAGAGGUGGUGGUGGGAGGGGACGGUGGGUGUUGAAGGAGGAAUGGAGGGAUUUGAACGUUGGACAGGUUGGAGGUGCUAGAAGGGCUCGAACUUAGGCGCAUGAUUAAGUCGGUUGAUAGAUACCAGCAUCAUUCUUGGGGAAGGGAGGCGCAAUCUUGCGGCCUUCGCCACAAUUUUGAAGAAGGCUCCAGUUACAUGAUGGAGAGGAGGUCUUUGCACAUAGCAUUGGAUGGGUGCAUGAAUCGAGUACCGCGCUUCUGUUCCAUUUCCCUGAGAUACCACCACACUUUUCACAUUCUCGCCAAGCAUACCCUGCAUCGAAUACUUCACGGACUGAUAUGUAGAAAUGUUGGUUUGUUUGUCUCAUCAAACAAAUUCACUCCCCG